AGUACCUACUUGACUCAGUCUACCUCGAGCCUCGCCCGUGUGUGGACGUCUUGUCGCUCGCAAGAGCGAUUUUGGCCGUCUCUUAAUUCGUGUGUUCUCUUUGAAUAAACCUCAAAAACUAUUGGAAGUUGUUAUAAAAACUGGAUGAUACGCUUCGCAGGAGCAGUAUUAAAGUGACUAAAGUUUGUUUUGUGGUGAAUCGGUGACAGUGCAUUGGAGCUGCUCGCGCUACGUCCGUCGUCGUGCCUGAGUUGGCGUCGUCCCUCCGAUUCUCGCGAGAUUACCAACCGAUAUCGUCGUAUUCCAAUUGCCACAAAAAGGUACCUACUUGGAACUGGGUGUGAACCCAGAUACGGUGUGUGUGGUUUUAUGUAAUCUUAUUUAUACUGUUAUUGAAGAAACUCACAGUGGAGUUCGUGAAUUACCCGCUCAGUGUGUGUGCAACGAGAGAAUUGUAUCAGAGCUAUUUGAUUAGUUAUAUAAAAGUGCAGUGUACACUUCAACGACAGUUCUCCGAUUGUUAUGCUCUGUAAACAAGUGAUUUGUGUCUUUAUUGGAUUGUUAUAUAUUUGGAUUCCCAGCAGCUAAAUGGCCAUUGUCUUUCUGGGAAAGAAGCCGGAGACAUGAACGCGCAUAGGGGUCGCCACUCUCAUCAAGCAGGGUAGCUGUUAUACCACGUGGUGUCUAGAGGAGACGGAGUAUGGACGUGUCUUUUAACAAUGUACUGGAAGGGACGCGCCAGUACUUUAUGGGGGUACCGAAGCAAGCACAGGCGGACGGCUCGGGUCAGCCCUUAUGGCCAUCAGGUGCUCCACUACCAGAAGAAGGAGCUCCAGCGCAAUCCGGAGCUCCUGCUCCGUCGUCACGUCCGCCUUCUGCUGCGGCCGCCCCGCCUUCCGUCCCAAGCUCGACGCCAGUCGCAGUUCCACCGCGGCCACCUUCGGAGCCUAUUGAGCCCGAACCACACAUCAUCCAUAAAGCUACCGUUAUGCGAGAGGCUGCAGAGAAGCGUCGCGAGCAGCCUGAAAUUGAGGAUGAUGAAGAAGCAGUGGGUACUCUUUCACCUCCAUCGCACAUAAUUCGAAAGCCGCCGAGGACUCUACCGUCACCCGCACCGGCUCCUGCUGCUCCGUGCCCGUCCCCGGCACGACCGCCGUCAGCCGCUCCACUGCAGCCUCCCACGCCUGCAGAACCUCAACUGGAGGCUCCAACUGCACAGUACCGCCCGCCGGUACAUCGUGUACAAACACCGACUGCCAGGCAGCCGGAUCAUUAUGCACCUGGUAGACCACCAGAUCCUUAUCCUACUUCACGACCACCGGAAUCAUAUGGGCGGUAUCAUUACGAUUCAAACAUGUCAGAAGGAAGCCGAAAUUCUCAUGGGCCGGUAGCAUCACCUCAGCCUUCAACGCAUUCGCGCCAAAGUCCACAAACUUAUGCAAGGUUAUCGGGGUCGAUGCCGCAACACACCACAUCGAGAUUGCGCGAGGUGGCUGCUCAAAGUCCACCAACGCAAAGAUACCAAAUGCAACCAACUCAACCGCCGCCCCCACCAAACGAUCGCGUUCCACCAAUUCAUCAUCCACAGCCCGCUCCUCCUGCACAGAGACAUACUGCUGACAGCAGAUCCGCUCAGAUGCAAUAUACAACUAUGCAGCAGCGCCGGGAUCUGUCGCCUUAUGGACGAACUUCCUCACAUUACGAGCGGCAUCCCGUGGUACCACAAAGAAAAUAUGACCAUCAACAGGCUUAUCCGAGCUAUCGGCCUUCGCCUGUUGCGCAGCCUGUUCAAAGUCACCGCGUGGAUACACAUCAUCAAGUGCAAUUUAAACACGCUCCUAUGGAUGUUAUGAGCUCACAUUACGCGCCGAGACCACAAGAGCGUUCGCCAGUGCCAAUCCCACCGCACCCACAUGACGCUGCUCGCUUGCCACCACGUGCAGAGUUUCCUACUAUAAGUAGAUCUGUAGAUACUAGAAGCGGUUACCACUACCCGACGCCUUCAACGUCGACAUCUAGGUAUGGACCUAGUGCACCCGUUCCAAUUGUUCAAAAUACAACUCAGUCAAGAUCUGUUUAUCAUCCAGCAGCUGCACCUAAAACUAGUUAUGAAUAUGCUCCGUCAACUCCCGUCCAAACAUCCCCAGCGAGAUCGACAGUAAAACCUGGCUACCCUAACCAAGCACGCAUGACAGUAUCUGUAACGUCACUAGUUAAUCAAAUGAAUCAAACUAAGCAAAAGCAAGAACCACCUGCUGCAGUAUCGCAAGCUAGUAAACAGAAACGAGAAUCCCCGUUAGAUUUAUCUGUGAAGACAGUAAAAAAUUCAGCUGACUCGUCUACAACUCAAGACGAUGCAAUUGAUUCAGCAGCAGAAAAUAAAAUGAUAGCUCUACCUCAUCGUCCAUCAUCGUCCGGUAGUCGUCACGCACAUUUGCCAACUACAAGUUAUGUAGCAUCUCAUAAAGUGGAUUUCGCACCAAAUUUUACUCAAUACGGAGGAGACAGGAACGCUGCACACGGAUAUGUGACACCAUCGCAACCUGGUCACCCGCCUGUGCGUUACAACGGCUCAUAUGAAGCACGUCGGCCUGUAGCCGAAGCUUAUCCUGUUGAAUCUCCCCAUUCUUACCAAGAACGUAGUGUUCCAAUAAGAGCCGAAUAUGUUCCUAAAAUAGACCUUACAAGAUCUCUUGGAGACCAACGUCUCCCUGAAAAUAGAGUUCGUGAUGAUCGGCAUUUUAUAAUAGAAGAGAGAAAACGACCUGCGGGUCCAAUUGCAAGCAACAUUCCGGAGAAGAUAGUUCGAUAUGAAACCUGGACGGCAGACAGUCGGAUAGACCACCUAAAUCAGUCUGCCCGAGAACAACGCGAACUUAUGAAACAGCCGGUUUACAGCUAUAGCAGAUAUAAGCAGCAGUUAGAAACUUAUCAAAAUGAACAAAAACGACCUGCUGUUUCUAGCGUUUAUCGGGAACAUCAUACUCAUGCAAAUCGCAGAUACUCAAAUAAUCCAUAUCAUCCUGAAUUAGCUCGUGAAACGAGCGAUUAUCAUGCUCACUAUCAUGACAGAAAUCCGUCUGUCAAUAGCCGUCACCAAGUUAUACAAAAAAUUCCGAGCCAUAGAGAUAUGCAUACGCAUCAUUUUGAUCCUGCUAGUGGAAUUCCUGCUGAUAAAAGAGUACUCAGUAUACUAAGAAACAGUUUAGAAACGAAACAUACCGGGUUCAUGGAACCACCAAGACAAGUCAAACACGUCCCAGACCUAAUCGUCAUAGACGAUGCCGAAGAUUCUGUAAUAGACAUCACAGAUCUUACUAAGGAGAAUGAUGCAGAAUUGGCAUCUAAAAAUGUUGUUAGACUUAAUUCAAAUCAUAUUACUCCCAAUUUACAUCAACAUAUCCAAAUGCCUAAAGCUGUUGAUUCGUUACCUCGUGACUCAGAAUAUAACAAUAGCCCCGAUCCAAAACCUAUCUCACCUGAAAACGAUGUUGCAUCCAGAAUAAGAACAAAGGCAGAGUUAAAAGUUAUGCCUCCUUCACAAGAUACCAUGGCGAAAACUGAGACAAAGCAAACCAUACCACCUGAAAAUGAAAAGUUAAAAUUACUUCCCAGAAAAACACACUUGUUUAAUCAAAUAAGGGAAGACAAUUUGAGGUUAGAAUCUGUAAUAAAAAAUGAGGAGUUGGCUGCAGCUAUCAUUCCAGAAGUUAAAACAGAGCCAAUGAACAUUGAAGAAAUUGAAAAAGACGCUGAGAUUUCUAUAAAGACGGAAAAUAUUCUAGAAAGCUUAGAGCCCGUAGGUAUUAAUGAAGUACAUGAUGCUCCUUUUGAAGAUUUGGAUUGGGCAAAUGCGUGUGAUAGUUUUAUGGAACAGCUUAAGUCGGGAUGUCAUAAGAAGAAAGUACAUAGAAGACGAAUUGAUACCCUUGAGAACGAAAAUGAAAGCAAAGUUGAGAAAUCUCAAAGUUUAGACCCAGUUCAGGCGGGCACUCAAAAAACAACUGAAGAUAUAUUACCUUCAGAGGCAGCGUCUCAACCAGCUACUAUAAAUGUUACACCACUUGCAGGUGAACCUACACAAAGUACAGAAGAGGUACCACCCAUAGUCAUUAAGCAAGAGCCAAUGGAUGAAGAUGAACUUGAACCUAUUAAUGAAAUUGAAACGCCUGUAUCACAAGAAUUAAUUACCGUCGAGAAGCCGUCCAACAAAUGUGAAAAGGUUAAAAAUGACAAAAAGAUUGAAAAGCAAAAAGAUUCUGAUCGGCCUACCAAAAUGAAAGCCAAAGCGAAGGUUAAAAGUGAAAAAUCCGAUCAAUCGUCUUCAUCCAAGAAAGAAUUGAAAGAAAAGACACCUAUAAAAACUGUGAUCAAAGAAGAAUUAGAAUCAACGGAUGACGAUGAGCCGCUCAUUAAAAGCAAGAUUCUAAAAGAAAAGGAACAAAGUGAUCGUCUGAAGUAUCAGCUAUUAAAGGAUUUAUCCGAGAAAUCUGCGUACGUUAAACUCGAGUGUUGUGAUGUAGAUGUAAAUAAAAAUACUAGAAAAUCACUGGAUUCUACAAUGUCAAAGGAUAAAGAAGAAAAGCCAAGCAAGGGUAAACUAUCGAGGCAAAUAUCAAGAUCCAAGAGCAAACUAUCCGUAGACACUAAAAACGAGAAACAUGAUGUUAAUUCAAGUUCUGAUAGUGACGAUGAUGAUAUUAGUGUAGCAAGAAGACUCCGUAUGCGUAAAAAUACAAAAACAGACGAAAAUAAAAGCACAACUAGUUUGAAAACUCCGGUGAAAUCAUCCCCUGGAAAGAAACAAGAUAGCAGCAGCGCAAGUAACAGUUCUACGCCUGUGCGCAAACCAACAUUUGGUGACGGAUCAUACUUUCAUCCAGGUUGGGAAGAAGAAUUGUAUAAAUACAAACGGUCUCUUCGUAUGCCUACACGACUUAUUGCCAUACCACGAGGGCGCUCUGGUGGACCAUUUGUCAGCAGGUCAGGUGCUAUUUUUACUCGAGGUUCGACAUCUCUACCUGACUUGGACCCUGCACCUCUUUCUCCAGCCCCGUCUUCGGCACCGUCGGCUGCUACAGAUGACUUAUACGCACGUCGCCCUGAAAAACUAACCCUUGACAGUGAUUUGGAUUCGAAUUCUAGUUAUUCUACACCAAAUAAGUUGCAUUAUGAUUCGGAAGCAUCAACAUCAACGGUAUUGUCGUCUAAAAUUAAUAAGAAGAAAAGCAGUUCCAUUGUUGAUGUUCUGAUUCAAAAGUGUGGCAAGAAAGAAGACGGCCGAAAAGAAAAAAAAAGUAAAGAUAAAGACGAUAAAACUCCUAAGAUCAUACCAAAAAAAUCGAAUGAGUUGCUGCCGACACCCAGCUUAGGUCUUGUAAAAAACGGCAAUAAAGGCAGUUACAAUGUUAAGAAAGAAAAAUUGAUGGAAGAUAUUUUUUAUUUAGGUGCAUUUAGGAAAGAAACUGUAACUGCGUUCAGGAAUUCAUUUAUUAAAGACACAGAUGGUCUCAUUGGUGCUACUGAAGAAUUCGCACCAGUUGUUCUGAAAUCGAGGACAAGAACAGAAAGUCGAGUGCUCAAACAAAGAGCAACAAUCAAAGAGGUAUUUGGUGACGAAAGACCGGCCUCUGCGCCUCCUACCUCUUGUCGAGAGGACGAUGUAAGCGAAGAAAAGGAAACUAAAAUUGUAGAAAUAAAAAAAGAACCUGAUUCAAAACCCAAAUUUAAGCCUAGAAAAAUCGUAAAAGACAAACUUAAAAGAAGGUCAAGUUCAAUAAGAGACGGACUUAGAAGCACUAAAUCUUUGAAAAGAAACGACGCUAAGGGCAGGUUAAUGCGUUUAAAAAAAAGGAAUAGCAUUAUGAAAUCGCUUAACCACAAAAGAACGAAAGAACUGUCGGCUAAUAAACAUAAGAAUGAUAAUGCCAAUCAAGAAGAUAAAGACAAAACUAAAGUAGAAGGGAGUUCAUUAGCUCCUCCUGAUGGUGUAAAUACAAAAAGGCGGCUUAAACGUCUUUUUGGGAGAAGAAAAUUUAGCUCUGGAUUUGAUUAUAUUAGGAAAAAGAAGAAAAUAAUACGUAGAGAGGAACCUACCACUAAGAUUCGUAGGCCAGCCGUGAAGCCUAGUCCAGAAUCAGUUCACGAUAUACAAAAAGAAAUCAAGGGCUGGUUCAUCAACAAAAGUAUUGGAGAAACGCAUCUCCACAGAGCUGCCAGAUUAGGAUACACGGACUGCGUGGCUUAUUGCUUGGAGAAAUUGGAAUCGGACCCCUCGGCGAAAGACAAUGCUGGAUUUACGCCCCUACACGUGGCAGCCGCUAAGGGUCAUGUCAGAAUAGCAAGACUACUGCUGCAAUACGGCGCAAACGUGUCUGCUGCCGCACAAGGAGGAAUAAGACCUUUACACGAAGCAUGUGAGAACAGUCACGUGGAAGUUAUACGUCUACUUCUUGCGUACGGCGCGGAUCCAUUGCUCGGUACAUACGCGGGCCAGACACCAGAAGAACUGACGGAAGGACCCGCAGCAACUCUGCUGAGACUACACAUCGCCGACGUGCAGGGAAAUGCUAUUGAACCCUGGCGAUUUCCACCACCUACUGAAAUUAUAGAUCGCGAGGAGAUAGGAUGCGAUGCCCUAUCCUCACCGCCCCCGGCCUCACCUCCCCCUCCCCCGGACUCCAUGAUCGAGAUCCAGUGCACCGAGGCUCCGCUGCCGCCCUUUUACAGCCUUCGGACCCCCACUGGUCAACCGGCGGACGGCCUGUGGUGUUUGCUGCAGGAUAUCACCAAUUUAUUACAGAUCAAAUCAAAAGACAGUCUACUGAAGCAAAUCCACUGUGGGUCCGGAUCACCCAAGGAAUUACUUCGUGAAAUCCGUACGCAAGAGUUCCUGGAGCGAGCGCAGUGUCACCAGCUGCUCGGCGCCGGAGAGAAAGUCAACGUGCGCGCUUCUAAAGUGGCGCUCGUUAGAGUUACUGACAAACUGAGGCAACUGCUAAAGAUUGAAACCGUACUUGUUAGCUGACACUAGGACAAACUGUAAGGCCGCCCAUUGAUCAAAUGACACACAAGAAGUGGUGACACGGAAGAAGGCCUAAUUCAACUCAAAUAUGUCAUUGCCGUUUUUUAGAUUGGCAUUGUCAUCUUUAAAUCGUUUUAGAAUGUGAUUGGAGACAUUUUCAGUUGUAAAAGUAUCCAUCUCUUAAGAAACUUUAUCACUUGAGAGAUGGAAACCGACGAUUUACUACAGAUUAGUAUGUAAAUCAAUUCAUAAUGGCAUGAUACACGCUUUCAUGUCAUAGGUACAUAAUAUAACAUUGUUUUUAAAUAAACACAUAAUACACGCGUUUGAUUGAAGACGGCUCAAUAACGAGAUCUUAAUACCAAGCUUGACUGAUUAUUGUAAUGUAACAUGUAUCUCAUUUAAGAACAAUAUUAUAAACAUAUUCGUUUUAUGAGACUGUGUAUUUUAAGGCAGCCAUUUCAUAAUCAUUUUUUUGUCUCACUCAAAGUCUGGCUUGUGAGAUGUUGUGUAUACUAUAAAUGAACAACUUGUGUAAAUAUUGUAAAUAGUUUAAUAUGUAGUUUAAUGCGUAUAGAUGUUUGCUUUAAAUGUUCGAUAUUCUCAUGGGUGCUAUUUUUUGGCAAUGUAAGAAAAUGAUAGGGAAGAAAUGGGGCUUAUCCCCUAAGAUAAUACUAUGGCUAUACAAAACAGUGAUCCGCCCCAUGAUCACUUACGGCGCCUUAGUCUGGUGGCCCAAAACCGACCAAACUACAGUCGCAAAUAAACUGGCGCGAGUCCAAAGACAAGCCUGCAUGGCAGCCACAGGUGGCAUGAGGACAACACCAACGGCAGCGUUGGAAGCCAUGCUAGGUCUGCCGCCGCUGAACCUCUUUGCACAGCAAGAAGCAGCAAUGACGGCUCUAAGACUCAAAACCCUUAAUCUCUGGAGCAAGUUGCCUACAAAACACACAACUAUACUAAACAAUCUUUAUGCAGACUUUCCCAUUAUGCAGGCUAUAAACGACCGCAUACCCAAAGUCUUUAUAUUCGAUAAGAAAUACAGGAUCCAACUUUUUGAGGAUCAUCGUUACGAGGGACAUAAUCCCAAAGAACUAAGAAUUUUCACCGACGGAUCCAAAACAAGCACCGGCACAGGUUCAGGCCUCUUCUCAGAAGACCUAAACAUACACAUAUUC